CCUCGCCCAGGCUACCAUCGAUCACACUCGCGCUCGAGAUCACACACCAACACUAUCGUCGUCGAUCCCUCAAUGCUAUCCUCCAGUCAGCCGACUUAUGUAUAUCUCGACGACGGCGGUCGGCGAUCCCGGUCGUCCCACCGCUCGCAUUCGCGCCGCUCGCACUCACACUCGCGGAGCUACUCCCGCCACCCGUCGUAUUCCUCAUACUCAUCGGGGGGUUACACAAUGUACGGCACCGCCUCGCCGGGAUACUCAUACGGAUCGCCGUACGGCUCCAAGUCACGGCUGGACAUCAGUCAAAUCCCGCCCAGCGCGCGAUCCAACUUUUUAGUGCGCUCAAGCAAGGUCAAACUCGUCAAGUUUAGGGCAAAGGCGAGCCUCCGCGGCGGGGUGACGCUCCGCGCGGCGGAGACAAACGUGCCCCUCGCAAAUCAGACCAGGUACACGUUCUACGACCUCAAGGUGGACGAUCGAAGCAAGAUCAAGCUGAGGAUGAUGUGGACUGGAUACAAGACCUUGACGUACGACAUCCCGGUGGACGGUCAUGGUGGCCGGGUGGACCUUCAGACGCUCCUGCGGCGCGUGGCAAGGGCAUGCCGGCACUACCUCGAGAAGAACCGAAUCCCGCUGUCCUGGGAGCGCGUCAAGAUUCAGCAUCUCGAGGAAGUGGCUCUCGGGACGUGGCAGCCGCUCCUGGUGACCUACUAGCGCUCCUCUUCGCUACAAAGCUCAGGCUGACGGGCCCGUUCGUCUGUUCUUCGUGCAUGGCCAUCUUCCAUCCAUCUCGACAACGAUCCGUUACACGCCACUACUCGAAUGACGAUACGACAUCACACGCACUGUACAACACCAACACCGCUAUGUUCCGCCCC